AUGGCCAUUUUUGGUCUCAAGUCUCGUAAAUCUACUCUGUCCGAUUCGUCCAGCUUCACGAAACAUAUACCCGACUCAACCUCCCGCCAUCGCCAUUCGGAAGCCUCCGACGCCAUCGGUGACACACCCGAAUUCGGCCAAUUCGCAAACAACCGUCGAAGCACCGUCAACGCUUCCGAAUCUUCCUCGCCCCUUCCACGCAACUCGAACAGUAUGAAAAAGUUUUUCGGUAGCACCCGAAGAAAGGGAUCUCAGAGCAUCGACAGCGGCUCUCCCGCGCAGUUGAACAAGAAUUCGUCUGGCUCCGACUACUUUAACAAUGUCGCCCCGAAACGUGCCAGUCGAACCAGCCUCAACAAGCCUGCUGUCCACCCCACCGCUGCCACUACUACGACUCCGACGAUCGCGUCUACCACCGUCGUACCAUCGUUGAGCGUCCCUGCCGGAUCGGGUACCCCGCUGGCUGACGCUGUGAGUAGCGAAAUCCCCGGUAGUCUCGCUCCGUCUCCCGCUCUGCCUACUGGUUCACGUCCGUCCGACCUUUUUGCCGGUAAAGGUGUUCAAUGGAAUCAGAUCGAUCUCACCUCUCGCGACAUUUCCAAACCCACCGAUGCUGCGGCUACGUCGAUUGACAUGCAAAAAUUCCUCAAAGAGCGUCGUCAAUGGAUCCCCACCUUCAAAGACUCGCAAGCUGUCGAAGAAGCUUCGGUCGAUCUGCCCAAGUCUCUCGACCAGUUCACCUUUGCCACUCCCGCCGAAGUCUCCAAGACCUCGACUGGCCUCAAGAGCUUGAAAGAUCUAGAGGAUACGCACAAGAGGAAAACUGCUCUCCUCGAUGAAGCUCCCCUCGCCACCGCUACCAACGGUACCAUCUUCGAAGAAGCACGCUCUAGCUCCUCGGUCUUGUCCAACAACUCUGCAUCGGGUGCUGCUGCUGCUACAGUUGCUGCUGCAGGAUCCAAGUCUCCGUCUCAGAUGCUUCCUCCGCCUCCAGCACCACCCUCUCGCAACCAGUCGUUCCGGACAUCCACGUUUGCCGCUGCGGAUGACUUGACUUCCGCUCGUAAAUCGGCCAGCCUCAACCGCAAGCCUGCUCCUACCCUUGGUGUCAAUGGUGGCGGCGGCGGCACUGCUUCCUCGACGUCGAGCUCUCGUGACAUUCCGCAGCGCAGAAGCUCGGUGCGCAAAAAUCUCUCGGAUCUCGCCGCAGCUUCGUCUCCCGAAAAGCCGCUCGAGCCACAAGCUUUGAAUGCAAGCGCUGAUCCCGCAGCGAAUGACACCGGAUCGUCUCAUCCCGUUAGUGCAAGGGUCGAUCAGAUCAAAGAGCAGGCCGCAACUUCAGAGUCGCCAGUGGUAGCAAGACCAGCAACCGCUGUAUCCACACGCAGCGUGGCGCCAUCCGUAGAGACGUCUGGCUUCGCUACACCCAUCGGUUCGCAAUCGCAAAACGGCGAUCAUGUAGGGCCAAAUCGAUUGGUGCAACAAGAGCUGCCCAGCGCUCGCACAUCCGUAGCCCUAGACGCUACGCAAGACUCGAACUCCACCGUAGCAGCACCAACUAGUCCGCCGCGUCCACCAAAGAACGAGCAGCGCACCCCUUCGCGACAGAGCAGCAAAGUCUCGAUCAACAGCGGUGCACUUUCCAAGUCGCCCAGCACCACUUUUACCCCUGCGGUAUCAGAACAGGCCAAGGACCAUAAUCUGGUCAACCAGCUCGCUCGAGCCGCGCCAGCCUUGCAGAACGUCCUGCCGGGAACAGGUGCAACAGGUACAACGAAUGCAACGCAUACUGCGGCUCGCGGCGAUAUCUGA